AUGGCAAACACAGCCCAUCUUAUACGCCGUCAAAGUUCAAGGGACUUAAACCCUCAGAGAUCAGUUGAUAGAUUAGAGAUGAAGGAACUUCGAGGGCGCCUUAUGUCCAUAGAAAGUGUUAAAUCAGUGAAUGUAAAUUACGGGGCUACGAAUUUGGGAUACGAAGACACGAGUCCUAAUCAGAAGCCUAAAACUGACCAGAAAAGAGAGGCGCCUCCAGAGAGCCUAAAACCAGUCAUUGUAGAAGACGGACCUGAAAAAGGAACUUUUAGGCCUGAAGGUGGAGAUGAUGAACGAGAAAGCUGGGAUUCGAAGUUGACGUUUCUUUUGGCAACAAUUGGAUAUGCGGUUGGUUUGGGCAAUGUCUGGAGAUUUCCUUACUUGGCACAAAAAAACGGCGGAGGUGCAUUUCUCAUACCUUAUUUUGUGAUGUUGGCCAUUGAAGGCAUACCGAUAUUUUAUCUGGAAUUGGCCAUCGGACAAAGGCUCAGAAAAGGUGCAAUCGGUGUAUGGCAUCAGGUGUCACCCUACCUGGGAGGAAUUGGAAUUAGCAGCGCCGUGGUUUCGUUCAACGUCGCCCUGUACUACAACACAAUCAUCGCCUGGUGCCUGUUCUACUUCGCCCAGAGCUUUCAAGCUCAACUUCCGUGGGCUGAGUGUCCUAAUCGCUACCUCGGCAACGGAUCCUACAUCUCGGAACCGGAAUGUGUAAAAAGUGGUCCCACGCAAUACUUCUGGUACCGCACCACUCUGAUGGCAUCCGAAGACAUCAACAUCACAGCACCAUUCAAUUGGAAAAUCGCAAUAGCUCUUUGCAUCGCCUGGGUUUUAGUCUAUAUGUGCAUGAUCAAAGGAAUAGCAUCAUCUGGAAAAGUUGUCUACGUCACCGCUACAUUUCCCUACAUAGUGUUAAUAAUUUUCUUCUUCCGUGGAAUAACUUUACAUGGAAUGUCUGAUGGUUUGAGGCACUUGUUCACACCAACUUGGCACAUCAUUCUAGAUCCGGUUGUUUGGUUAGAAGCAGGAACUCAAAUCUUCUUCUCACUUGGUCUUGCAUUUGGUGGACUUAUAGCAUUUUCGUCCUACAAUCCUGUGAACAAUAAUUGCUAUCGAGAUGCCAUCAUGGUAUCUAUGACGAAUUGUCUAACGUCAAUGUUUGCCGGAAUAGUUGUUUUCUCGAUAAUUGGAUUUAAAGCGACAAUGGUGUAUGAGAAGUGUUUGGAUUCAAGAAAUACGACACUGUUGGAGCUUCUUGGAGCAAAUUAUAGUGCCAUAGAUCUUCCGGCAGCUGGAGCUGUAUUUAAUGUGCCAUUAGGGAAUGGAUCGAUGAGGAGUGUUAUCAUGCCAGAAUUGCCGAUAUGCGAUUUAGAAAAGGAACUUGAUAAUAGUGCGUCCGGAACUGGUCUGGCUUUUAUCAUAUUCACAGAAGCCAUCAACCAAUUUCCAGGAGCACAAUUCUGGUCCGUCUUGUUUUUCUUGAUGUUAUUCACAUUAGGAAUAGAUUCUCAAUUCGGAACACUUGAAGGAGUAGUCACAUCCAUCGUCGACAUGAAGUUAUUUCCGAAUUUGAGAAAGGAGAUUCUUACAGGAGUUUUGUGUCUUCUAUGUUGCGUUUUUUCGAUGGGAUUUGCACAUGGAGCUGGUUCUUAUAUUUUUCUGUUGAUGGACAGUUUUACUGGAAAUUUUCCUUUGCUGAUUAUAGCUCUGUUUGAAUGCAUUGCUGUGUCGUAUGUCUAUGGAUUAAAAAGGUUUGCGGAUGAUAUCGAACUAAUGACAGGAUCUCGUCCCGGAUUAUACUGGUUGAUUUGCUGGAAAUAUUUAUCACCUUUAGCGAUGCUUUCAAUUCUGGUUGCAAGUUUUGUCAAUUUGGCAACAGAAGGCAGUUACUAUCCAGCUUGGGUCCCUUCUUUAGGAGAAACAGCAAAUAAAGAUUGGCCUAUAUGGGCUCUAGUUCUUGUUCUAGUAUUAAUCCUGGUUUCAGUAUUAUGGAUUCCUGGCGUCGCUAUUUGCAGGCUGUUUGGAGUGCUUGUGAUUGACGACGAUGAAAAAGCCUGGUUUCCAGCAAACGAACUGCGAGACUUCCAUGGUAUUGUUCCACAUCCAACAACAACAGCCGAAAUGUUAUUAUUUUGUAUAAGGCCAGAUGGUUCUGAAGGAUUGUGUUGUCCAACGAGGAAUCACGAUGAUGAUUUUGAUGUAAACUAG